AUGUCUCUAAUUCCUGCAGCCGCUGAAUCCGCCGAGUUCUCCUCUGACGUGGCCGAGAUCAAGCUAUGGUGGAAGUCUGAUCGUUGGGUUGGGAAGCGUCGCUUGUACUCGGCAGAGGAUGUCGCCCGUCUUCGUGGCCAGAAAGCUGGUCGUACCAAGUACCCUGCUGAUGCUAUGAGCAAGAAGUUGUGGAAGGCCUUCAAGGAAGCUCAACGGACUGGUGGUUUCCUGCCUACGUUCGGUGCCUUGGAUCCAGUCCAAGUGACACAGAUGGCGAAGUACCUCAAGACUAUCUACGUCUCGGGUUGGCAGAGUUCUUCGACGGCCUCUACUUCUAACGAACCCGGCCCGGAUUUCGCUGACUAUCCCUACAAUACGGUUCCGAACAAGGUAGAUCAGCUCUUCCGUGCGCAAGUGUUCCAUGACCAGAAGCAGCACCAAGAGAGAUUUGGUAUGACCGAGACUGAACGUCAGGCUAAUCCAGCCGUCGACCAUUUCGCUCCGAUCAUUGCCGAUGGUGAUACCGGUCAUGGUGGCUUGACUGCUGUCAUGAAGCUUAUGAAAAUGAUGGUAGAGCGCGGUGCAGCUGGUGUCCAUCUCGAGGACCAGAAGCCUGGCACCAAGAAAUGUGGCCACAUGGGUGGCAAAGUGCUCGUGUCUACGCGAGAGCACAUUGACCGUCUCGUGGCUGCUCGGUUGAUGACCGAU